AUCCGAUAGCGACGAUUAUUUUCUAAGAUUGUGUCUAACUGCAGUUGAAGAAUAAUCUAUUCGCAAUGAAAAUUCUUUUAGUUUAUGUUUGCAUUUUAGUUCUUGCUUCAUUUAGCUCAGCUGAUGUAAAGGAACGAAUUAAAAAUGCAAUAAAAGCGGCAACACCUGAAGAGGAUGUUGAAACUUGCAUGACCGAAAAUGGUGUGACACGAGAGGACAUUUAUCGUGAAGAUCAGAUAUUAACUGAUUUACAUAAACAACCAGAAAAUGAAGAAAGAACAAGGAAAAACGGCUGCUUUUUUGCUUGUCUUUUAAAAAAAUUUGAUUUAAUGGAAGAUUCAAACAUUAAGGAAUCAAAAGUUCAUCAAGAAUUAGAUAAAGAAUGUUUGAUAGUGAGAAGUAUUACGCAAGAAUGUGAGAAAUGCUUUGAUCUGUAUGAAUGCAUUAUGAGAGCUAUGCACAAAGUAGAAGGACAUGGUGAACACGAAAUAGAAGAAACAGAAGAAGAAAAAGAAGAAACAACACAAGCUGAAUAAAAUAAUUAACUACAAAACUAUACAAUAUUAUACAACUAUACAAUACUAUACAAAUAGUUAAAACUAUAUAAUUAUAAGAAUUCAAAAAAAUUUAUUAUGUUUAAGAUAACGUACAUUAAAUAAAUAUGUAUGUAUGUUUAAUACACUACUGUAAUCAAAAAAUGUCGCGACUGAUCCAAUAAAACGCAAAUUGAAUUUA